GACCACAAGCUGGCCUCGCACGAUCUUUCUGGACAAUCACUUGUUCCCCUUUUUUGCUUCUGUCACUCGUUUCAUCAAAAUGCGUUAGUCUAUUCUUUGCGUACACCUGUAUUGACUUGUUCUUUUGCCAGGCGUUGCCUGAGCCUCACUUUCUGACCAGAUUUCUCGGACCUGCUAAUCCGAAUGAGAUUGGCCAACUGACGAAAUUUUGACCUCCCUUACACUGCGUGCCGAUUCCGUGGUCUGCGUCUCUUGACAGGUCGGGACGGCUCGGAAUGAGCCCAUCGCUUGAAUGUCCCACCAGUUCCACAUCGCCGGCGCGAGCCACGCUCUCCUCGACCCAUGGUCUCAAGGAGCGGGCGUGGUGAGGGACGUCCUCACUCGGUGGUCCGAGCUCGACAUCACACAAAUUGGCUCCCUGGUUGCCAUAGCCGGCACCCUUCCUACGGCUUGGAGACUGAUGCAAUCUGCCUGGCGGGAGGCGUAUAGUUGUCUUCGGCGCUUUUUCCUCGCUUCUGUCACAAUUCCGGGCGGUGACCCGGUCAACCGGAGCGUCGUGAAAUGGAUACUCUCCAACCGGCCCCAGCAUUGUCGUUCCUUCACCGGCCGUACCGAGGUCACACGCACCAACCCAGACCGUGCUGCCGCUCUAAAGAAGACGCGCCAUACCGUUCAGUACUGUCCUCACUGGAACAGACGGUGGCUCUGGUUCGGAGGCAACUUUUUGGUCGUCACCCGUGCCAUUGGAGAUUUCAAUUCUUCGCUAUCGGACCCCAGCUACGAUGGAAUCGGAGGCGAGGACCUGACCAUCAGCUGCUUCGGGUGGUCGGCGCAUCCCGUCCAGAAUUUCAUCGAGGCCUGCCGCGAGUACGCCGACAGGCAGACACAAUACUUCGUCAUCAUCUACUCCCGCGACCGUUACGGCAUGUCAUGGAAACCUAAAGCCCGCAAGCCCCUCCGCCACCUCGACACCGUGCACUUCGACCCCGGCGUGAAGCAGGAGUUGCUUGCUGAUAUCCGGAACUACCUGGAUCCGAAGACCCAGAUGCGCUAUCAAAGCCGGAGUAUGCCGUACCGGAGAGGCUACCUCUUUUACGGCCCACCUGGAACUGGCAAGUCCUCGCUUUCUGUGGCGAUUGCUGGCGAGUUUGGUUUGGAUCUGUACGAGGUUAAGAUCCCCAGUGUGGCAACUGAUGCCGAUCUGGAGCAGAUGUUCCAGGAGAUUCCGCCGCGAUGUGUGGUUCUUCUUGAAGACAUCGAUGCCGUAUGGGUGGAGCGUUUAAGCAACCCCGAAAAGAUCAGCAACUGCAAUGGACGCGCACAUUCACCGGAGAGCAGAAAUGUGCCCAACUGCACUCUCUCCGGACUGCUGAAUGUUUUGGAUGGUGUUGGAUCGCAGGAGGGCCGUAUUGUCAUCAUGACUACCAACCGACCUGAGCAACUCGAUAGUGCCUUGAUUCGUCCCGGCCGCGUCGACAUGAAGGUCCUCCUGGGCAACAUUAGCCCGAAGUCAGCGGCGGACAUGUUCGUAAGGAUGUUCUCUCCCGACCUAGGGUGUACAACACAUCUGGGAAUGGAAGAGAUUGAGAAACUUUCUGUCCAGUUUUCCAGCGCGAUACCGGAAGACACGUUGACCCCAUCUCAAUUGCAGGGGUUUUUCCAAGUACAUUUAGAGAGCCCGCACGAUGCCGUCAAAAACAUCGCCAGCUGGGUCGAACAAGAACUUGCAAGAGCUCAUUUCAAAGAGUUCGAGUUUAUAACUUCCAGUGGGAAGGCCUAGAGGUGUAGUAGCUAGCUAAAGUACUCUACUGUGCUAUCAUUUGUAAAAUUAGAUGUAAACACUGGGUGGAGUUUCUUUUCCUUUUCUUUUCGGUUCUUUUUCGUUUGCCGCGGUUAUUUAGAUGAGGAGAGAAGGGCCUGCGUUAGAUGAUAGCAGUAAAUGCAUUUCUCAAGUCUAGCUUUUCAAAACUAUGGUCGACGUAGCUAACGGCGCGCAACGCAUUUUCCCUAAUAUAAACAGCCUUGCAACGGACAAUGGCUGGCCCAUUU